AUGACAAGCUACCUGUUAGCUCUCCUGCUCUCUCUAAUUGCUGUUAUCCUACCCCCGAGAUAUGGCUGCACGGACAUUAUUGGAGGACACAAAGUGCGUCCUCAUUCCUGGCCUUGUAUGGCUGCUAUCCAGACAAAGAAUUCAACUGUGUGUGGAGGAGCUCUUGUGGGAAAGCAAUGGGUUUUGACAGCAGCGCAUUGUGAAUUGAACAAAUCAGAAGUUAGAGUUGUUCUUGGAGCCCAUCAAGCAUCCAUAGCUGAAAAAGAACAGCAGAUAUUUAAGGUUAUGCACUACUUUCCUAAUCCUCAGUUUGGCAGGUCUUCCAAGGAAAAUGAUAUAAUGCUCCUCAAGCUGAAUGGUAUUGCAAAGCUGAAUAAAUUUGUGCAACUUUUGCCUCUGCCUGACUCUUAUGAAGAUAUCAAACCUGGCACAACGUGCAAGGUGGCUGGCUGGGGAGUCACAUCAAAAUGUGGAAAGCCAUCAAAAUAUCUUCGGAAAACAACUCUUGAAAUUGUUGGUAGAAAAAGCUGUGAGAGCAAAUAUGGAAGUUAUGCAAAAAUAACCAGCAACAUGUUGUGUGCUAUAGGGAAAAAUAAAUUUUCCAAGGGAGAUGCUUGCCAGGGCGAUUCAGGUGGGCCGUUAAUCUGUGCCGGUCAAUACAGUGGGAUUGUUUCUUUUGGAAAAGAAUGUGGAAGUAGACACAUGCCUGGAGUUUACACACGACUGACUGAAAAAUAUAUUGACUGGAUUAAAAAAAUAAUUUCCCUUCACAGCGAUCCAUGA